AUGGAGGCCAUGGAUGCAGAAGCAACGCCCUCAAAAUGUCCUGAUUUGGCAGAAAAUAUGGAGAGAGCAAAUCGAUCUUAUAGGGAGUACGCAGGAGUAGAAGAGAAGGCAUCAAAGCGGGAGAUGGUUACAUGGUAUGCUUACAACCUUUUCUCUCAUUUCAUUCCAGCGGUGUUGAUCCCUAUUGUCUUCUCUCUCAUGGUGGGCCAAAUGCUCCCAAAACCAUCAGUAGAUGGAGAUUUGCAGAGUCUACAUUGCUCAGUAAAGGAGACGGAACUGUACCAAUCACUAACUCACCAUACAUUAAAGAUUUCAGACCUCCAUUUAUCUGCUCUGAACUGGGUGGCAAUCUCAUGGACCGCCGGAACCGUCAUCACCGCCCCACUACUCAUCCUCUCCGCCCACUUUCUCGACCACGGCCCCCUUCACCACCUCCAAUUUGGUGUCAGUGCUGCAUUGGGUGCCUUAUUCUGCCUCCCCACCGGCUUCUUCCGCAGCGUGUGGCCCUUCCCCCUCUACAUCUCCGCCAUAUCUAGCGGUGCCACCUUCGGCCUUGCUGCUCACACCCGCCACCUCGGCCUCAUGAUACGAGGCGCCACAGGCAACAUUGCUGGCGAUGAGCUCUUCACCAUGAGAAAAUCUGCAGGAAGUCGGAUAUCAGUGUAUGGCACCGCUGCCGGAGGAAUCGGUGCUGCCAUAAUCUCCUCCUUCGCCUACCGCAUGGCCGGUCACUCUGACAAGUUCUCAAACCUUUGGAUCGUCUCCAUAUUUUCCGGCAUAAUAUGGUUAGUCGGGAUUGCCCACUACCUCUCUGGAAUUCGGCCUCCAGCUGCUCAGAAUUCCCCCAAAUGGUCGGCAUCUCACGCCUUUGCACCCCGAAAAUACCCCCAUGCCGUCGGAACACUCGCAGGGGUCUUCCUGUCGAGCUUCGCGACCAUGUGCAUCUUCGCCGCCACCUCCAUCCACCUCCAAGGAAAGCUAUGCUACGAAGCACACGACAUCCUCUAUACCUGGCUAAUCUACUUCCUCAUCCCUACUUUCAGCCUUCCAUUACUGCGUUAUCUCCAGCUCUCAAUAAAGUCCGACGCGAUGAAAAUGCAGGUGGCCGGGCUUCUGGCAGGAGCUGUCACCUCCGGCACCGGAUUCUACUUCCAGAAUCGAACAUGGCAUCGAGAGCACCUCUUCUUCUUCACAAUGGUUCAGGGAGUGGCCGCCGGGAUCUUACAUACGUACGGAAGGGUGCUGCUAGUAGACUGUUCACCCGCCGGAAAGGAAGGUGCAUUUUCUGCGUGCUUCGCGUGGGUAAAGAUGGCCGGGACUUGUGCCGGGUUCACGAUCGCGACGUCAUUUUCCGGCGUGACCAUACCUUUUUCCUGCAGUUUCCUUGCUUCAAUUUUAGGGUUUGGUGUGUUUGUGUUUGGAAAUGUGAGUAAUAAAGGGGGUGUUGUGGGGGCUGGGCAUGGGAAGGAGGAGGAGGGGCUGCUGGAGGGCAGAUCGCCUGUGAAUGGUUUCGACACGAGGAGGAGCAGCCACUGGAAGGGCUCUGCGCGCGCCGCUAUAAAUUUGGAGGAGGAAAUCAGGAGUUCGUCUCAGGUCUCGAAAUGA